AGCACUCAUAUGCAACAAAUUACUAAGAUGAGGAAAUAGGUGUCUUACAAAAAUUAAUUAAAAAAAAUAUUUUAUUAGAUGAAUGGAAGUUGGUAUAAUUGAAGUUUGUGCAGCGUGAGGCUUGAGUUGAAGUGUUUAUUGAAUGGUUUAUUGACAAACAGCUGUCAUGUGUAACUGACCAUUGAAUGACAUUUAAUUUUUAAUUGUUGUGGAGAGUAGCGGAUGUAAUUGUCAUAAUGUUGCACUUUCAAAUUAUUUUUCAAUACUCCUUGCGACCUUAAGAAGAGAAUGAUUAUUAUACUGUCAUAGAAAGUUGUAUCCUAUAACAAUGUGCGUUUCAGUCAACUGAGGGAUAAUAUGGGCUCCAGAAUUAGGGAAAAUGUUAAACAUUUCUUUGAAUGUUUUUGUGAAAUUGUGCCACCCACACCAGAAAGAGAUGCUUGGAUUCUACAACAGUUCCCAGAAAGUUACAAAGAUGAAGAAGUCUUAAAGUCUAUACCUAAAUUUUCUUAUCCCUGUAAUUUUGAAAAUGUUGUUAUUCAACAUUACUCAUUUGUGUUAACUGAUAUUAAAUCAAAAUGGACUUUUGGAUUCUGCAGGCAUGACCCUAAAUCUCAAACUGCAAUUGUUGUAUUAAGUUAUCUACCAUGGCAUCAAGCUCUAUACAAGUUUUUAGAUACCAUUGCUGUUUUGAUGCACAGUCCAAGGGCUGAAGAUUUGGAUGAAUUCUUAAAGACUGUCUACAAUACAAAAUUAGCUGACCCAGGAAAAACUUUUUCUGUUCCUUUUAAUAAGGGUGAACGGACAUUUACUGUAGAAAGUCCAAAGCCAUUUGGUCUUCCUAGUAUUCCAGAAAAUAGAAACUUAACUGAAUAUUAUAAUGCUGUUGAUGUUAAUAAUAUGAUGACCGUUUUUGCUUCAAUGUUAUUUGAGAGAAGGAUAAUAUUUACAUCAAAGAAAUUAUCCCGGUUAAGUGCAUGUGUACAGUCUGCAAAUGAUGUAAUUUACCCAAUGAUAUGGCAACAUUUAUUUGUACCAGUUCUACCAAUGGCUUUAAUUGAUUAUAUUUUUGCCCCCAUGCCUUUUCUUAUUGGUGUACCUGAAGAUGUGUUUAAGUAUGCUGCACAAGAAGUGGUGAGUUCGUUAAAGAAACAACUUAAAAACAGGUCAGCGCUAUUAGGUGACGGUGUUUCUAGGGCCUUUUUGCGUGCCCUAGUGCAGUUAAUCGGAGGUUACAGGGACGCUUUAGAAAUUCAGCCGAGCAAGGAAAUAGUCUUCAAUGAAGCUAAUUUUAUAAAAACGAGAUCACCUUCGUUGCAACCUUUCCUUAAACAGAUGCUUCACUUACAGAUAUUCCAACAGUUCAUUGAAGAACGCCUACAAAUGUUAAAUUCGGGUCUUGGUUUUUCUGACGAAUUCGAAAUCGAAGCAUGUCGAUAUUCGGAAAAAUCGAGUUCGAAUUUGAAGCAACAGUACAAAGAAUGGACGUCAACGAUGAAAAAGGAAGGCACAGCUUUUUUCAAGAGCGUAAAAGACAAGGCCAAUCCAGCUAUGAAAUCCGCAGUAAGAACGGUAAAAGACGGUGGCAAAGGCGUUAAAACUGCCUAUAAGGGCCUGAGGGCGAUUCUUCGAGAUAAUCCCAGUCCUACGCAGUUCCAUAAUGGCUUGGAAAGUCUCGGAGAUAAGCCAAGAUCUGCUCCCAACUCUCCUACAGGAAAAAGACGUACUAUCGGCUUCUCGGUACCUACAACCUCAUACAGAAAAGACUCUUUAGCCUUUCGAAACAGUACAAGCGAUAGGCCUUAUAGUCCCCUGAGUGCUGGUUCACACGCAACGUCACCUGAUGCGUCAGAUAGGUCACGUAGCGACACUCCCGGCCUAGAGAUAGCCCCUAUUGACCUCAUGUCUGAAAUGCAAGACCUAUUACAUCUUCGACUAGAUACUCCUCCUGUUGAUAGAUCGUUAAAACCGGUUAGGAGUUUGGAGAACUUCAGAAACUCCAAUUCUCCAAUUUCAAGCCCCGAACACUGGACGUUUGCUUCGCGUUCGGGUGCUCGUGCACUUUCACCUUCCUCACGUCUCUUUCAUUCGAACAGUAACAAAUCACAGGAAACUCAAAAUCUUCUGCUUUCUCCCGAUGAUGUUUUAUCAUCACCGCCCGUUCCUCCUCCACGACCCACGACUAGUAAACAGGAAUUCUUUGCGACAACACCGUUUGUUGUCGGUGGGGGGCGGUGCGAAAACGGUGACCCCGUCUUUUACAUUGCUAAUCAUCAUUCGGUAGAUAUGGUUAAACUGUCUCCGCCCACUGCUUCACCACGAAAAAAGGUAAAUGGAAUGAAAGGGUGCAUUACAUGUUUUAGUUGUGGGAUAUGGUGCGGAAGUUGUCUUUUGUUGGAACUUGUGUAUUUUGUACUUGUUUAAGGGCGGGAUACUAACGUUUAAAGGCGUAUGAUUGGAGGGAGGUAGGGCAUUUCAAAAGU